ACCGGAAGUCAAGGACAUCGCGACCUCUGACGAAUAAGUUAGGAAACAUCAUUCACGCCGGGUUGAAGAACAUCGCCUUAUAAAGAUGCUUGCCUCGUCUAUAACAAAAUAUUUUCCCAUUCUAAGAUCUGGAUCAGGAGGGCAGGUCUACCGAUGUUUCUCCGUGUCUCAGACCAGAAACUAUUCUUCAACACCUGACAAUGACCUGGUAGUAAUAGGCUCUGGACCUGGUGGAUAUGUGGCCGCUAUCAAGGCAGCACAGCUGGGGAUGAAAACAAUAUGUGUGGAGAAAAACGAAACCCUUGGUGGCACCUGUCUCAACGUAGGGUGUAUCCCAUCGAAGGCCUUGCUCAAUAACUCGCACUUCUACCAUAUGGCCAAGGGAAAAGACCUCAACAAUCGGGGAAUUAUUUGCGACAAUGUAACGUUAGAUUUAGACAAGAUGAUGGGACAGAAAGUGAAGGCAGUGUCCGCUCUGACAGGAGGAAUCGCUCAUCUCUUUAAACAAAAUAAAGUAACACAUGCUAAAGGUUUUGGUAAGAUAUCGGGUCCUAACGAAGUAACAGUAAUCAAGGAUGAUGGUACAGAAGAAAAGAUCUCCACAAAGAAUAUACUGAUAGCUACAGGAUCUGAAGUAACACCUUUCCCAGGUAUAGAGAUUGACGAAGAAAGUGUCGUUUCAUCUACAGGAGCACUAUCUCUAAAGAGCGUCCCAGAAAAGAUGGUGGUGAUCGGAGCUGGGGUCAUCGGCGUAGAGCUGGGCUCUGUGUGGCAAAGGUUGGGAGCUCAAGUGACAUGCGUCGAGUUUCUAAGCCAUGUGGGAGGUAUGGGGAUAGACAUGGAAAUAUCGAAGAACUUUCAGCGCAUUCUACAAAAGCAAGGUUUAAAAUUCAAACUGGGCACGAAAGUGACAGCAGCAGUAAAAGAAGGAAACAACAUCAAAGUGGCCGUAGAAAAUGUGAAAUCAGGAAAAGCAGAAGAGAUAGACUGUGAUACGUUACUGGUGUGUAUCGGCCGACGUCCUUACACAAAUAACCUUGGACUGGAUACAGUGGGGCUCCAGCUGGACAGUCGCGGCAGAGUACAAGUCAACUCUCGCUUCCAGACAGAUGUUCCAAGUAUAUUUGCCAUUGGAGAUUGUAUUGAUGGUCCAAUGUUAGCUCACAAAGCUGAAGAUGAAGGUAUAAUCUGUGUAGAAGGUAUCAAUGGAGGUGCUGUCCACAUCGACUAUAACUGUGUCCCCUCUGUCAUCUACACACAUCCCGAGGUCGCCUGGGUGGGCAAGACUGAGGAACAACUGAAGGAAGAGGGAGUAAACUACAAAGUAGGGAAGUUCCCUCUGGCAGCUAACAGCCGAGCAAAGACAAAUGAUGAUGCUGAUGGUCUUGUGAAGGUCGUUGCCGACAAGGAAACCGACAGACUGCUGGGCGUUCACUUUAUAGGAUCUGUUGCUGGAGAACUUAUUAAUGAGGCUGUGUUAGCUAUGGAGUAUGGAGCUUCAUGCGAGGACAUUGCACGAGUCUGCCACGCCCAUCCAACGGUCGCCGAAGCUUUAAGGGAAGCUAACUUAGCAGCAUAUGCAGGAAAGGCCAUCAACUUCUAAGCAGCGAGAGCAUUUUUAAAAAGUAGUGAAUGGUGAAUGAAUCUGUGAUCUUGGAAAUGCUGUUUACUAUGAAGAUACGACAGCUGUUUGGUGUUGCUUGUGAAACUAACAUUAUAACUCUUAUGUUAGUACUGUAUUCAAGCACAGAUAUUGACAUGCAGCCUUUAGAAUCAUCCCAGUCAUUGGAUGCAGUUGACUAUAAAGCAACGUCCUAACUGUAUCUCCAGUCGUAUUUAUUUCCAUGUUGAGUGGAACAUUUAAGUUCAUGCAUGCGACACUUGCAGCAUAUCCAACAUUUUCAAAACUGGAAAAUUAGUUUCUCUAAUAGUUCUUACUGGUAAUGAAGCCGACAUAUGUAAAAUUUAAAAUCCAAGACCUUCAUAACACAUUGCAAAACUGAUCUGUCUGUAACAGAAGAAAUGGUCAUGUUCAGCUUCAAAGUAAGCUCCAGAGAUCUGUGUUCAAGUGAACUUUAUAUUGCAGGGGGGUUGGCUAAAAGUAUAUCAAAGAUCUGACACGCUAGUGUUAACCAGGUAAUAGUGCUGACCGUGGAGGUAUGAGUGAUCUAUCCUAAGUUAUAUUUAGUCUGUACAAAGUUGUCCGAAUUCACUGUACAGGUUUAUGUUUAUGUGUAAUAUGUAAAAAGACAAGAAAUUAAAUAAUAUUGAUUUUAA